AUGGUUGUUAAAGAAUAUGUAACGUAUAACCAGGUCCAUAAGCUAUGCCAGGAGGCCGCACCUAGAAUUCUCGAAGACUUCCAACCUCAGCUGAUGAUUGCGAUCGGCGGAGGAGGCUACGUUCCAGCGCGCAUCUUGCGAUCAUUUCUCAAGCAACCGGGCUCUCCAAAUAUUCCCAUCCAGGCAAUUGGACUCUCGCUCUACGAACAACUUCCUUCCACACAUCCCUCUUCGUCGAGUACUCCUGGAGAAGUCGAACAACCCGGCACCAAAGUUACGCGAACUCAAUGGCUUGAUUUGACGAGCUUGGGCGAGAUGGAGAAUUUGGUUGGAAAGAGGAUUUUGAUCGUGGAUGAGGUCGAUGAUACCCGCACAACCCUGGAAUACGCUGUCAAGGAGUUAGAGAAGGAUGUCGAAAUCGCGCGCAAGAAGUUGGGAUAUGAGGGCGAGCCAACCAAAUUCUCGAUAUUCGUUUUACAUAACAAGAACAAGGAGAAGAAGGGUCGCCUACCAGAAGAUAUGUUGGACGAGAAUAGAUACCUUGCUGCGCGUACUGUCGAAGAUGUAUGGAUCUGCUACCCAUGGGAAGCUGCAGAUAUUGAUGAACACGACGAGAUGGCUAGAAAGCAGCCCACUGCGGGAAACAUUUAG